CUCGAGCAACCGCGAGGGGCGGGCUUAACGUUGUCUUCUCGGUCAGAGUCACGAAUACGAACGAGUACAAACCAACCAGUUUUAUUUUGUUGGGUUUCAGCUAUGGCGACGGUGUGUGUCACUGGCGCAUCGGGCUUCUUGGGAUCCUGGCUGGUGAAAAGGCUGCUGGAAGAGGGGUAUUAUGUCCGAGGCACCGUGAGGGAUCCAGAUGAUCCGAACAAAACGUCGCAUCUCUGGAAGCUCAGUGGUGCACAGGAGAGGCUCACGCUCUUCAAAGCAGACCUUCUCUCAGAGGGCGUCUUCGACUCCAUUGUUGACGGCUGUGAAGGGGUUUUUCACGCUGCUAGUGCUGUCACCAUGACUGCCAAAGAUCCGCAAGCCGAGAUUGUUGAUCCGGCUGUGCUGGGAACUUUAAACGUUCUGCGAGCCUGCAAGAAGCCAUCGACUGUCAAGCGUGUCGUGUAUACGUCGUCGACGUCAGCAGUGCGCUUCGCCGCUUCCUUCCCCCAGGAUGCGUUUCUGGACGAGUCUAUUUGGAGCUCCUCGGAGCUGUGCCGCGAGAACAAGUUCUGGUACCCGCUAUCAAAAACUCUCGCCGAGCAAGCCGCCUGGGAGUUUGCGAAGUCCAACAAUCUCGACCUCGUUACAAUCAUCCCGAGCUUUAUCGUGGGGUACACGCUGCCACCAGUACCGACGGCCAGCGCAGCCGACUCCCUUUCUCUUUUCCAAGGUAACGACAAACGCUUCGAGAACUUCAAGUUCAUGGGCUACGUGCACUUGGACGACGUUGCCACCGCUCACAUCCGCGCUUUCGAAAACCCAGCUGCAAACGGACGCUACAUCUGCUCGGCAGUGGAUGCUACGAACGCGGAGCUCACCGAGUUUCUGGCCGAGAGGUACCCGGACUACAAGAUACCAACAUUUCCGGCCUCGAAGAAACCGUACAAAGGCUUGUGCAACGACAAGCUUGUCAACUUUCUCGGCAUGAAGCUCAAGGGACUGGAGGAAAUGUUCGAUGACGUGGUGGAAGGUUUCAAGCACGGUGGCCACCUCGACCCAAAAUAAGAGAAAACGAUUUCUCUCGCUCUAA